AUCACAGUGUAAUGUUGCGAGAACGAAAAUUGUGACUAUGCACAACAAGACAACAGAUGAUCCACUUCUACGUAACUGCCGACCAAAUUGGCCAGAAUGGACGUGUAUGGGGGCCAACAUAUGUGGACUCUGCAGCACCACGCUCUGGUUCUUUGUUCUACUGCCCCAAGUCUGGAAGAACUUCCGCCAAAAAUCGGUCCUGGGUCUCAGUGUUCUGUGGGGAACUGCAAAUUUUACGGCAUCACUGAUUAACCUCUGCUUUGUCUACGGAUAUGCCGAAAUUCCCCUAUACGGCAAAAUUAAUUCUAUCUAUAUGCCUAUUUUGGAGUUCAGUAUUCUCGUUCAGUUUUGGAUAUAUGGGGAUCAGUACGAUAAGAAACAUAAAAUUGCGUACCUUGUUGCCUGUUUAUGUGUCUGGACAACACUUAUAUCUCUUAACCUGGGACUGAAAUUAUUUCCUUAUAUUCAAUGGAUUGCUAUAGGUUUAUGGUGUGUUGAGACUUUUCCACAGGUUUUUCUCAAUUUUAAGUUAAGAUCAACCUCUGGACAAUCUACAAGGUCCGUAAUCAUUGCCUCCAUCGGCAAAAUGACGGAUUUCAUGUCCACGUACGGCCUAGUUCUACCAAUUCAAUAUGUCGUCAUGACGUAUUUUUCCAGCAGCGUAAAUUACGUCAACGCUAUUCAAGUUAUCUGGUUCUAUGGCAGAAAGCCAAUUCAGAAAAAUGAGGACAUGGCUGGCAACAUCCGGUACAAAGAGUUCACAGUCAACAAUGAGCAAGACCCAAGCACAGAGGGGGACGCUCUAUGUUCAGCUAAAUAUAUUCAACCAAAUCUUACAUACAGAUCUAGAAGAACAGUUCGAUACUUCUUGAUUGCGAUGUUUACAAGUUUUCUUUGUCUUUUCGCAUAUGGCAUUAUUUGGGCAUCUAAAUCCUUCUAUGCCAUUUUUGCCCCUAUUACUCUUGUUUCUGUGACAGGAUUCGCUUUCUUUUGGUAUAGACGUACCUGGAAAUCUGAAUCGGUAAUCUGAGUUCAUUAUACAUUCUUUAAUCAAGAAAUAACAGUUCAUAUUUAUUGAGUUCAAUUUUAUGUCUAAGCUAAGAUAUGACACAAACAGGGGAAUAUGCUUUGUCUUGAGCUAUUUGAAAUAAAAUAUCAUUUUUGAAAUA